UUCCUUUACCUCGUUGGGAUCAUCCAAGCUGCACCUACAACAGAUACAAUAAAUACAACUACUAGCGACAGUUCUGAAGCCCCAUCAUUCACGACCAGAACCAUAUGGUCCAUCAUCUCCAGCUCCAUUCUCACUCUGAUUGCAUGUAUUUACAGUGCUAUUCACCCCAAUAUUCCAAGUCCCAGGGACAGCCCCCUUCGCAUCCUACGGCGACGACUUGGGAUCAUGAUAAUGGCACUAAUUGCUCCUGAAUUGAUCGUCACCUGGGCUAUGCGCCAAUGGAUCAGCGCUCGUCAAGUUACAAGACAGUUCGAGAAAUCGGGAUAUCCCAGCGUUCGUCUGGAGUCUGAAGAUCAUGGGUCUACCGAAGCAACUGCAGAGCAAUAUGUUGAAGAUCAUGAUAGCAUCCGGCUUCUCAUAGCACAUCCCAAAGUGCCCACUUCAAGAUAUGAAGGAACUUGGCAUACUCUUGUGAAGCCAUUCAAAAAGUUUUUGAAGGCUUAUGUUUCAGAGCAAUCUGAAGACUAUACGUGGACUCAAGAACACAGCUUCUUUGUGCUGAUGGGUGGUUUCAUGCUUUAUGUGGAUGGGAAACCCUAUCACACACUACAGCCUGACGAAGUCCUCAAGCUGAUACGUACCGAGUGCAUCGACGCCCCUACCCUAACAGCAAACCAGAUCCGCGACAAGAGCAAAGGGAAUGUGUUAUCAAAAGGACUGAUCAUGCUUCAGGUGGCCUGGUUUGUUAUGCAGCUCGUCACCCGCGCCAUCUAUCACCUCGAAACCACCCAGCUCGAAGUGGGGACACUCGCUUUUGCGGUUCUCAAUUUCCUCACCUAUGCUGUGUGGUGGAACAAGCCUCUCGAUGUGCGAUGUCCACAUCCAAUCUACUGGAAGUCGACCGAGUCAAGGCCAGAGGAUCACAUUUAUGAUGUCCCUGAAAUAGACGCGCACUCUGAGUAUGGGAUCUUUUCUCCAGUCCUCGGCCCAAUUGAAGAAGUGAUAGGCUUGUCUUACAUUCCCACAUCUCGAAAGCUCCGAGUUCCAACAUUUGAUGGGAGCAUCGAUCUCGAAGAUUCGAACAAGACGGUUCUUCAGCUUACUGCAUUGUUUAUGGUAACCAUAUUUGGCGGCAUCCAUUGUAUGGCUUGGUUUUUUUCCUUCCCCACAUACCAAGAACAGGUGCUAUGGCGCAUAAGUGCCGUCGCUAUAACUUUCACACCCUGGCUUUGUUUUCUUGCAAGAUUCAUACCUGAUUCAUUACUAGGGAUCGUAGGGUUUGUAUUUGGCCUGAUUUGUUUGGUAUCUGUCAUAUUGUACAUCACAGUUCGUGCCCUCCUCUUGGUACUUAUGUGCACCGCUUUACGUAAUCUUCCUUCUGGUGCAUACCAGGCGGUGUCGUGGACUACUUUAGUGCCGCACUUGUAGUUCUUGAUCACUGUAUUUGUGAUACCCUUC